ACGGUGUGAAUUUCGUUGAGCGGGUUAGGUGAAGGCCCUGCAAGCGACUCCUCCUUGCUCCUUCGUCACCCGCUACCAACCGUCCCCUUCACCACUGACCGAGAGAUCUCACUCGCCGUGCAACUUGCAUGGGAUAAAUCCUCGACACGUCGGCCGAUUCUCCGCCCCGACCGCACCUUCCACGCUCGCAUAUUGGACCGCACUCCAAGCAGUUGGCGCACACAGGAACCUCCACCCGUCAUACAUUGCGCGCUGUCUCAAUUCAUCCCCAGCUAACGCUCAACCAAUCCAGAUCUUCCUAUCAAAAUGGGUUACGAGGACUCAGUCUACCUGGCCAAGCUGGCCGAGCAGGCCGAACGUUACGAGGAGAUGGUCGAGAACAUGAAGGCCGUCGCUUCUGCAGACCAGGAACUCUCCGUUGAGGAGCGAAAUCUCCUGUCGGUUGCCUACAAGAACGUCAUUGGUGCUCGCCGCGCCUCGUGGAGGAUUGUCACAUCCAUCGAGCAGAAGGAGGAGUCCAAGGGCAAUGAGACUCAGGUUGGUCUCAUCAAGGAGUACCGCCAGAAGAUCGAGGCCGAGCUCGCCAAAAUUUGCGAGGAUAUCUUGGAGUGCUUGGACAGCCACCUGAUUCCCCACGCUGAGAGCGGCGAGUCUAAGGUGUUCUACCACAAGAUGAAGGGUGACUACCACCGCUACCUCGCCGAGUUCGCUGUUGGCGACAAGCGUAAGACCUCCGCCGACAAGUCGCUCGAGGCCUACAAGGCUGCCACCGACGUCGCUGCUAGCAGCUUGGCCCCCACGCACCCCAUCCGUCUCGGUCUCGCUCUGAACUUCUCCGUCUUCUACUACGAGAUCCUCAACUCCCCCGACCAGGCUUGCCAGUUGGCUAAGCAGGCUUUCGAUGACGCCAUUGCCGAGCUUGACACCCUGUCCGAGGAGAGCUACAAGGACUCCACCCUCAUCAUGCAACUUCUGCGGGAUAACUUGACCCUCUGGACGUCUUCCGAGGCCGACACCACCCAGGAGCCCGCCGCGGAGCCUGCACCCGAAGCUCCCAAGGAGGAGCCCGCCGCUCCGGCUGCCACCGAAGAGGCGAAGGCUUAGACAUUUCCCACGCUCUAUCCGGAGAGGCAAAAGUGAACGGCUUCAUGGUUCGGUGCAUUGGAAAGGAUCAACGACGUAGGAUCCGUUGAUCUCGCGGCAUGGAAGGUUCUCUAGGGUGCUAAGGGCUUCGCUUCAUUAGACUCCGAAAUCUUCAUCCUGUCAACAUCUUAUCGUCUCCAUCCCCUCCACUCCUUGUCUUUUGAUCUCCCCUAAUUUCUGCACCUUCCCCGUUCACCCUGCACCCGUCAUGUACGCGGUUCUGCCAGACGGUCGGGACCUCUUG